GAACCUCUGUCCUCCCCCUGCAGCAUGAACAUCAUUGCAUUGGCCCAUUAAUACCAGACCCCCAUCGGUUCACCUGGAUGGGGUUGGUAGACAAUACUUUUCAUAUUCAGCUCCGCUGGCAAGCAGGGGGUUAAUUCCCCAGCGCAAACUUCUGUUUCUGAAAUACUGUUCCAGGCUGCGUGUCAAAUGCAGGUUUGCUUUCUGGAAUUACUGUCCUGGCUUUUUUAUCAGCUCUGAGUCUGAGCUGUCCACCCCCAGAAUCCAUUUCCUGAGCACACGACCCAUUUUAAAGGCCAUCGUGCAUGUCUGUGGAGCUCCUUGCCAUAGCUUGGCGGUUGCAGUGGUGAGAUGGUUGACGAGCGUGUGCAGAAGUGUAUGGAAGAGCCAGGACUCUAGUGCACUGAGGCAGAUACCGCCCUGCCUAAAAGAGCAUCAAAUGGUUUCUGCUGAAGUGGGGAUGGCUCCUUCGACCUCUGCACCUUGGCAUCGGCCAGCGACAUCCGUGGUGGGCUCUGUGUCUGUGGAACAGUGCAGCUGUUGAAUCCCUGCCCUGCGGCAAUGCAAGUUGUCAUUCUGAUGAGAAGUAGGGACAGGGGACAUUCUGCAUGUGAGGCUCCUUCAGAACAUGGAGAAGAAGUAACCAUUGGAGCUGGAGGAUUGAGGCAUUUCUGGGAGGAAAGAGACCGAGAUGGACUAGGCAGACAUGGAUCAAAUGGAAGGACUUUCUGCAGACAGAAUCAAGGGCUCUCUUUCAUCUGACGAAGAGAAGUGUGGUAGAUAUAAAUACAUUGUGGGAUUUUUAUACCUUUUCCCUCUGGUGGCUUUGUUGGCUACUCUGAAAGAUCCAGUUGGAGCUGCAGCUCAGAAAUCUCAGGAAGAUGCCAUAUCGCCUGGCUUUCGGGGGGUGAGUGCCCCAGCUCUCCCACACCUACCCCGUACACGGAGAAAACGAUACACACUUACACCAGGGCAGCUGAAAUGGGACCACUUCAACCUGACGUACAGAAUCGUGUCCUUCCCGAGAAACCUCAUUAAUGAAAGUGACACACGGAAGGGGGUGGCAGCUGCUUUCCGAAUGUGGAGCAACGUUUCACCAUUCAACUUCAAGGAGGUGCCACCCAACUUGUCUAGUGACCUGGAAAUAGGCUUCUAUUCCAUAAACCACACUGAUUGCCUGGAGUCACUCAUCCAUCAUUGUUUCGAUGGGACAACAGGGGAGCUUGCCCAUGCUUUCUUCCCCAAAAAUGGAGAAAUCCAUUUUGAUGACCAUGAAUAUUGGAUAUUGGGAAACACCCGGUUCAGCUGGAAAAAGGGUGUUUGGCUUACAGACCUCGUACAUGUAGCAGCUCAUGAAAUUGGACAUGCCCUGGGACUCAUGCACUCCCUGAACUCUAAUGCCCUGAUGCACAUCAAUGCCACUUUAACUGGGAAAAAGACCAUCUCCCAGGAUGACAUGUGGGGGAUUCACAGACUCUAUGGCUGCACAGACAGACUAUUCGUAUGUCCAUCAUGGACUCGGAAAGGUUUCUGUGAGACUCGUAGGAAGUUGAUGAAAAAGCACUGUCCGUCCAGCUGUGAUUUCUGCUAUGAAUUCCCUUUUCCAACAGUAGCACCAACUCUUCCUCCACUCAGGACGAAAACCAAGAUUGUUCCUGAAGGCAGGAAUGUCACCUUUCGCUGUGGACAGAAGAUUAUUCAUAAAAAAGGCAAAGUUUACUGGUAUAAAGACAAGGAGCUUCUGGAAUACUCAUAUCCAGGUUACUUAGCCUUAAAUGAUGACCACAUGAGCAUUAUUGCCAAUGCAAUUAAUGAAGGAACCUAUACCUGCAUUGUGAAGAAAAAGCAAAGAAUCCUGACUACCUAUUCCUGGAGGAUUAGGGUUAGACACUAACAAGGGUCUUGAAUGAGGACAUCAGUUACGGCUAGUUGUUUCAGACAAAAAUCCCAUCUUCUUCCGCAUUUUAUGUUUAACCUCCAGCAGAGCAACCCAGCAUAGAACUCAGCUGCUACCCGGGGAGGGGCAAGAAAGUUGAUCAUUGGAAAAAUUUCUCUAAUGUCCAAGAGUUUACUAUCAAGCAAAAGAGGGGAAAAAAAUCUUAAAGCCAAGAUUACCCAGGUAAUUGUAGAUCAUUUAGAAUAAAAAUGGGUCACCAGCUUGAUGUUGCAAUAGCUUUGGAUAUAUAUUGGAAACAAAAGGACUGGUUAAUGUUCCAGGGUUUGUCAAGCAUUUCUUUGUACUUUAACUUUCUAAAAUGCCAAUAUAUGGCAGCGGGGCUUGAAACAAAAGACUAAUCCCUGGCUAUAUUCUACAUGGAUGCUGUUAUUUGAGCACUCAUUCUAGAGUUAGACCUCCUUCAGUUUUUCCAGGGAAAAUUUCUCUAAUUCCAAAUGUUACAUAACUAAAAUAGCCAGGGAAUGCGUCUUCCCCCUGUAAAUGUUUCUGUGAUUUGUAUUUAUCACAAUGUGUUGUUUACCUCUGUCUGUAGCUUCCAAGCCUGCAUCAGAUGUCAUUCUUAGAUAACAAGUUACCAAUAAAUCACUAAAAUAAC